UGCAUGGAGGAUCCAUUCAAAGUGAAGCCAUCUGUGUUCAACAGCCAGCCUCAGGAGCUCCACACUGACCCUUUCCACUCUGAAGACCCCUUCAAAACAGACCCCUUCAAAGGUGACCCUUUCCAAAAUGACCCUUUUGCAAAGCAGCCAUCGACUGUCACAGAUCCUUUUGGAGGAGACCCGUUCAAAGAGACUGAUCCGUUCAAGUCUUCGUCUGAAGAUUUCUUUAAGAAGACCACAAAGAUGGAUCCCUUCUCCACACCAGACCCCUUCAGUAAAAGUGCCACAUUACCUUCCAAGCCAACCAGUCACUUCACAAGCAAUGACCCAUUCUCUUCAGGCAACCCAAAACCCAAAGUACCAGAUCUCAACCCCAUGAUGUCCCUGGAAGAAAAGUCAAGGGAUGGUCAAAAUCUGUUUGGCACGUUGGACCCGUUUGGCAGCGGUUCGUUCAGCAGCAGCAGUAACAGCUCGGCUGGCUUUGCAGACUUCAGCCUCAUGUCGAAGCCCAGAGAGCCUUUUGAGGGCCGGGCCGGCUGGCUGCCGGACUACCAGAAGUCCGUGUUUGUGGAUGAUCCAUUCAGCAGGAAGAGUGACACGCCAGCUCUGCCACCGAAGAAAAGUGUCCCCCCAAGGCCCAAACCCCCCAGUGGUAAAAGUACUCCAGUGAGCACGUCUGGAGCAGUUGACCCUUCCAAACCAUGUGACCCUUUCCAGCCAUUUGGCAGUGACGCCAUCGACCCGUUUCAGACGAAAAAGGGCGUGGGAGACCCGUUCAGCGGCAAAGACCCUUUCGCCGCACCCUCGGCAACAAGACCUGACAAAGCCAAGUUUGGGAACGAGGCUCAGCAGUUGGAGUGGGCGAAGCGAGAGAGUGAGCGGGCAGAGCGAGAGCGGCUGAAGAGGCUCAGGCUGCAGGAGCAGGAGGACUUGGAGCUGGCCAUCGCCCUCAGCAAGGCCGAGAUGUCCAAUGCAUGACCUGGGAACCCCCCCAAACUCCCCCCCCCCAAACACACAUAGCGAAGAGACAUGCAGAAAAACAUGACUGAUAUCGAAAUACUCAGACACAAAGCACACUACCGGUAUAACUCAUGUUCAUACAAACUCUGGUCCACACACACACACACACACACACACACACACACACACACACACACACACACACACACACACACACACACACACACACACACACACACACACACACACACACAGACAGGUCCUGCAUCUCCACUAGUUACAUUCCCCCAUGCGCAAUGACUCAACCAAUUAAACAGAGAACUUAAAGGCCGUUGACAUUUAAAACCCAAGACAACAAAACUGAGGGCCGACAACUCCAUAUUGUAAUGCCGCGAAGAGACAAAGGAAGAAGAAAGAGAGGAAGAGGAAGGUGUGGCCUGAAGGAAACAAACGGAUGCACUGUGUUUAUGCACUAUAGUGGCUGGAUCCAGGCUGAGCACCUCGACUGUUUGAAUUCCACGCGUUGUUUUCCAGCUCCACUCACAUGCUAACAACGCUGCUAGCAAUGAGCAGCUGUGACGAAAAUUAUAGUUGAAUUCAAACCGCCCAGGUAUUUCUUCAAAGGGAUUUUUUUUACUGAUAUAUAUAAGGGCCGACAUGGAUAUAUCACACACUACUGAUGGUAUUACCUGUGUCCGUAAGUGUUUUGGUGGUAGGAAAAUGCUACAGGAUGAGGCGUUGCUUAAGUAUUUGUUUAUAGAGAAGAAUGGAUUUAUCGCUCCUCAGAGAUUCUCAAAUCUCUAUUCUCCAAUUUUCUUUCUCAGGAAAUGCUGUCACAAAUCCAUACUCAGUGAAGAGAUGAAAAAGUUGAUACUGGUUGAGUUUUUUUACUCCUCCCCACUGCGUUUUGCUAAGAUUUGACCUCCAGACAAGGUUGGAUUAACAUCAGGCUAAGCAGGCAGGUCCCUCAGGGCCCAAAGACUCCAGGUUCACUGUGUGGCACUUAGUUUGUGCUUUAUUUAUUUAAUCACAUAUAUGUUCAAGAAUAUGCCACACCCACUGAGGAACAAAAUACACAUGUGAUUUCACAGCACUACUUUGGUUUGUACCUCAUUAUGAGGUAAUGUGCUGUAAAGGCGCCCAAGUUACAAUGGGUACUUCUUCAUGUUUAGCCCCCUAAAACCCGAUGAUGUCACUGUGAUAUUUUAAGGGUUCAUUAUUUAUAAAAUUUGAGAAGCUAUUAUGAAACUUGCCCUUUAAAGGAUUCACUUGCCAUGAUGUGUAAAAAGGUGUAGUUAGUUGGGUCAUAUGUUAGAUAUUGGAUAUUUAAAGAAUUGAAAAGUUGACUUCAAUUAAAUAUAUUAUUUCAAAGAUUACCUAUAAUGUAUUAUUUAAGUAUAGCAAUAAUUAAGUUGAAAGUCUUUUUUAUUUAAACUCAAUAUUAUUACUUCCAACUAACCUAAGACAAUGAUGUGUAAACUGUUGACAUGAUACAUUUAAUUAGGGUCAAUGUUUUAAAAAAAAUAUUACAGUAAAUAAUUUAAUUUCUGAAUUUAGCAGACUAAGUAGCUCCUCUUCAUUUGCAUUUCCCCGCUUAGGCUUUUUAUUUAUUGGGAUUCUCAUAGUGUUAAAAUGUUUGGUCAACUCAAAGAAAAAUAUUAAGAUAAUUGUUCUAACAUCACGUGAUAUAUGAUUUUACUCAUUUUGCUCAGCCUUUGUGUUAAGUCUUAUUAUUUCACAUUGGUUUAACAUUGUGCAUAUUCCAGAACAUAUUUGUGCUUAAUUAACAAAAUAACCACCACCUAAUAUAAUUACUAUAAACUAAUAUAGACUAUACAUAAAGAACAACAAAGUGGGCGGGUCAAUGUGGCCCCGGGUCCAGUUCAGGUUCAAUAUAUUUCACAUUAUGAAAGGAAAAAGAAAAAACAACUGAUAAAGAUCAAUCACUGGCUCCCUCUAAUGUGACAAACACCUGACUUGUGAAAACAACUUUAGACGUCAGCAUCCUUUGAGUGACCGCAACAAAUUUGUACAGAUAUAUUUCCUUAUCCACGAGUGUGAGGUUGUACCGCGUGUUUAGACAAACUGAGCUAACUCUGCCUCUCCUCCACAGCUGUGAUGUCACACAUUCAACUAAUGACAGGUGAGAUGAGGCAAAUCGUUUUUCUACGUUUCUUUUCUUUUUAUAGGAGGAGGAUUUUAACCGUUUUUUGGAGCUGGCUUUUAUUUGAAAUGUUUUUGUUUUAAAGGAACAUCUUAAAUGAAUAUUGUAGUUCUCUACAGACAGUGAGCAGAAGCUGGAGAGUGUUUGGAAAGGGUUGGAGUAUCAGGUGUCGUAAUGCUGGGAAUUUUAAAUAUUGGAAAAGUGCUAUUUCUUAUGUGUCAUCGUUUGAUGUUUUUCUCAUGGACUGAACCACUGUUUUUCUAUGAGUUGUCCCUUUUACUUGAAGUAGUGAGUGAUGUUUGUGUCUGUUUGAUUUCAUGUGGACUUUAAAGCAGAAGUUAUUUUCUGUUUCACUUCGAGCCCCUGUGUUUCUAAUAUCAUGUUUAGAAAUGCAAUUCUUUAUUGGUGUGUCAUUCUCAAUCAUAAGCUUCAGUCAGUGUUUCGCCUGCAGUCAAAUUCUGACGAUACCGUCUGAACAUUACUUUUGGAGUUUCUCUUUGCUUAGAUAUAGCAUAGCCUGGUGACAUUGUUAAUGUUCCUUUUUGAGCCCAGGUUAAACCUAUGGCCCUUUUCAUCAUAUUUAAAUACAGUGCUGGAUGUCUUUUGAGGGAAUUCAAACACUUCAGUCUGAUGUCAAAUACAUGUGUUACGAGGAAUGGAGGCAUUUUGAAACUCCCCUUAACAACUUUUAAGGUGGAAAUGAAACAAAUAUUUUGUAAAAUCUCAGGAAGUCUGCUCAUUAAUGGCAAAAUACGACCAUUUAAGUCUUUAACUUUUGUUUUAAUAAGCCCCCUGCCACCAGAGGCAGCAGUGAGCAUAGUGCUUCUCAGUAAUUAUCCACUUACCCUUAAGAAUUCAUCACAAAGGAUGAAGAUUGAUUUUACCCUGUUUUUAUUACUUCUUUCCCUUGCAGUUUAUUGUUUAAAUGUUUGACCCAUCUAAAUUAUUUUAUUUUACUUUAAAUGUUGGUUCUCUCUGAUCACCAUCCAGCACUGUGACACAAUGCGAUAUUACUUUGGGCUAGGUCAAAAAUGCUAACAAGCUCAUUUUGGGAUGAAACUCCAGAACAAAAAAUAAUAAUUGGACAAUCAUAUUGUGAUGAAAACGACUCAAAUGGAAGUUUACUUUGUGUUGGUGCGGGGCUUUGCAUUGAGAAUAUGACAUUUCUUACAUUUCUCAGUCACCACACUGAACAAUAGCAUGAGACUGAAGUAUCAAACUGUUGCUGUCCCCCAGAUAUUUUACAUGUGUAGAGCUGCCUUUCUGGGGUUCAAAAUGCUUCUAAUGUGAAUUCACAGAAAAGAUGACAUGAUGGAAAUGUGAACUGCUUCUCCCAUGUCAUGUUUUUGUCCUGUUUACAUAUCAUACAUAUUUAGUUUACUCUAGCUGUUACAGCAGUGUUCCUGGUACAUGGAGCUUCUCUAAGCUGUACACCUCCAGAUUGACAUCUUAAAUCUUUGCCUUGCCCUUGUCACACUGUGUUGAAGAUGUUACGAUACGAUGUCAAACAUCUUUCCACCUGUUCAGUCCUCAUUGAAGCAAAGGUGCUAGUAGCGGGCAGCUAACAAAUCUAGCUUGUUGUCUAGCUCUUCUGAGAACAUGUCCGUUUGUUAUGUAACGUGCUGCUAGCUUGGUAGCUACAUGUGUGGAACUGACUUUCUCUGGGAACAAAUACUUUUAAUGUGAAUUCAGAGAAAAUGUAGCUAGCUACCAAGCUAGCUUAUUGUCAGUUCUCCAUUUUCGGUUAACAUGUUCACAACAACGUGACAUGCAGCUUGCCCCAUUCGAAAAGAACAAGACUUUUGUUCAAAAUGUCCCCUUAAAGUUGGACUUGGUGUGUCUAGUCCUUAUAGUCACAUUGAGACAUUUGAAGGCUCCAAAAACGACUGUUUCCAAGGUAAUACAUGAUGUUAAUCCCGCUCAGACCAAGUGCUGGACGGUCUGAAAAGUAUAUACAAAUGUAAAAUAUGUUUAAAUUGAGUGAAAGGAAAUGUAGUAUUAGAUAAAAAAAUUAAGUUACAAUCUUAUCACCAGAAAUGUGAAGUCAGAUAAUAGUAUGACAGUUCCCCCGUUUGCUGCUAUAGACAGAUAAGUGGGUGCCAAGACGUAUAGAUACCUG